UCAAACACAGCCAGUCCCGUCUGCACACUGUCACUCUGAGCAGCUGGACAUGGCAGCGAACCGGGUCGGGAGACGGUAUAACAGCAAAGUGCACUCACCUAACAGAGGUGCGGGCCGGGAGGCCGGUCUGAGCGUGCAGAAGAGACAAGCCAGAGUGACCGUGAAAUACAACAGAAAAGAGCUGCAGAGGCGCCUGGAUGUGGAGAAGUGGAUAGACGCGGGUCUAGACGAACUCUAUGCGGGAAGGGAAGAGCACAUGCCGGAGGAGGUGAAUAUUGAUGAGCUUCUGGACCUGCAGAGUGAUGAGGAGAGGACGAAAAGGCUUCAGGACAUUCUCCAGACCUGUAAUAACAACACAGAAGUGUUCAUAAAGGAGCUGGUCCUGAAGCUUCAUGGGCUGCAGAAACAAGAGGACCUCCACAAUGACGGCAUUGAGCACGCUCAGCUCCAUAUCUUCCCCAACCGCCAGAGCUCCCCUGACACUGAGAUACACUGAGAGUGCCCCUUGCUUGCAUGGACCACAAGGUCCCUGCUUACCCACCACCGCCCGUCUUCAGUAUUUUAACACAGACUUUAACCGAAAUGCAUGAAGAGCAUCCAGAGGGAACUAUUCCAGCACUCAGCUUGUACACAGCCACUUAUCUGCACACUUUUACUGACUCUCAGUAUGGCUCUCAAUGCCUAGUUGUAAAUAUCAGUUAGGUCAGUUAGGGUCCCUGAAAGUACAUGAUCAUCAGUCAUCACAGUUUUGUGGAUUUCUUUUAGCAUUUUGGAGCUUUUAUUUGUGAAGUAUCAAAAGCUUGCUUCCACACACUUGUGUAUGGUCCCUGUAUGAGCUUUCACCCUCGUUGUACUGAUCCCCUGUAGUGUAUAUGCCAUGAGGAACCAUCGGCCACUGUGUUUCAUUGCUGAUUGAAACUUUAUAACUCAGACACCACACUCAAAUGGUGGUCAUUUUACUGUGCAGGACCAAAGAUAAUUUAUACAUUUAGUGAUAUAGACUGCUUUAUUUAAUAUAUAUUUAUGUCUUAAUUACUUUUCUGUUUGCCCUGAUAGUUGUUCUGUUAUUUCGCCUGGUGCAAAGUGAAUUUUUUACCUGGCUUAAGCUCAUCACUUAGCAGACAACUUUUUUUCCAUGUCAGACGAGAGUCCUUUGCUUGAAAUGAAGAAAAGCUGUUAUGUAUUUAAAUGUGAUUGUGAGUGAUGUCUACAACCUGUGUCAAUGUCCAUCUAAACAGCUGUACAGUGUAUAUCCUGUUCUUUUUUUUGUCUUGGGCUAUUGAUUCGUUGGCUGCUGCCGUUGCUACCUUGCUGCUUGUAAUCACGCUCAAAACACCAUGUAUUUCAAACUCUGCAGGACAUUCAGUAGCCAAAAGGGCAGAAAUGUAGGUCAACUUAUCUGGCUAAUAGAUUAGACCAGUUCUUUCUGAGCAGCACCCAAAUCCAAAAUAUCUAUUGAAAUUCAGUGAUAGAAAACGUCUUUCUGGUAAGCCACAUUCAAUUUUAAGUAUCAUAAAUAAGCGGCCGAUAAAACUCUAACAAGCCCAUCAUUCCAGUGUUUGAUGUAACAUCCUCAGGGUUUUUUCUACCCACUUUAAAAAAGCCUUUUUGAAAUGGAUUUUUUAAAAGAUGUAAAUUUGGUAGGAAUCGAUUUGUUUGUCAAAAUAGCUGGAUGUUCCUGUUUCAAAUAAAGAGCUUGGAUUUCA